AUGGAGAACCUCGACAAGCUAUCUGCGACGGGCUUGCCAGUAUUUGAUCUCAAUGAGGAGAACCUGCAACGCAAGGACUGGACUAAAACACCCAUAGGCGCACGCGAGUCGUGGCCCGUUGCGUUGACAUGUCUCGUCAACACAUGCGUGCUGCCUAUGCCCCACUGCGCUGCCAUCUUCUGGGGCAAGGACAUGAUAGUCAUCCACAACUUGGCCUGGGAGAAGGCUAGAGGUGGUCUUGACGGUCAAGCCACGCGCGCGCGCGACAGUUACAACCAUGAAGCACUCGGCACGCUGCGGACGGUGCUGAGAGGACGAACGGUCAAGGUAGCCGCCAGGUUUUUCCUCAAGAACUUCGCGGAGGAAAAGAACCAGCAGCUUCUCCUCAGCACUAUCCUAGACGAAAGUGGCACACGACAGGGUGUACUGGCCCAACUCCUCGAAAAUCAGAACGUGGACCGCUACAUGCCCAUAGAGGGCAUAGACGAACUUUCGCGACAGCAUCCAGGAAGACAAGUUAAGAAUAAAGAAUCUCAGCAGCAAAGCAAGCAUAAAGACAUGGAGCAGGCCGAUUCCAUGUCGACCAGCAUGUUUCAGCGCUUCGCCGAGCUGCUGCCCAAUGGACUGGCCAUUCUUGACAAAGACGCCGAAGCCAUCUUCGUCAACGACGGCUUCUUUAAACUAACAACCAACAAAGGAAGCAACGAGUUUCGCUCGUGGCCCGAGAGCAUACACCCUGACGACUAUGAAGAUGUCAUGACCGCCUAUCGCAAGGCAUUCGAAAGCCGUACUGAGUUGCAAAUAGAGUUUAGAUGUGAUGUCGCAGAGCCCGAAGAAAUGAAGUCCAAGGGAGAGCAAUGGAGAUUGUUCUUGCUGAAGCCUCUGAGUGAGGAGGAAAACGCCGGUUUUAUUAGCGCCGUCAUCGACAUCACCGACAUUAAACAGGCCCAACUAACUCAAGAGAAAGCCGCCAAUGAUGCCAAAGAUCGCAAGGAGCAGCAGGAGAGAUUUAUUGACAUGGUCUCGCACGAAAUUCGAAAUCCCCUUUCGGCUGUCUUGCACUUGGCCGAAGAAGUGAGAGAAAUCACGAAAGAGAUUGGGGCCGAUCACGAAGACGUUCGCGACCAGGUAGCCGAUAUAUUGGAUGCUGCCGACACUAUACUUCUUUGCGUCUCACACCAGAAUACUCUUGUAGACGACAUUUUAUCUUUUUCCAAGCUCGACUCUAUGAUGUUGUCUUUGGUACCUCGACCAACAAAGCCUAAGUGGGAAUUCUCCCAAGCGCUUCGAGUUUUCCAUUCCGAAUUCAAAGCGAAGAACAUCACAUUUCACUACGCUAUGGAUGUUUCAUAUGAGGAACAGAAAAUGGAUACUGUUGUCGCCGACCUCAAUCGCAUGAAGCAAGUUUUGGUCAAUCUGAUAACCAACGCCAUCAAGUUCACCUCCAAGAAAAAUGGCGACCGUAACAUCACUGUAUCCAUGGGCGCGUCAGUCGAGCGACCUACAUCUUACCCACCCAACGUCAUUUACUUUAGUGAAGAGAAGGAAGCAUUCCAUUUGGAUUCAACCAUGACAUCGGAAUGGGGUUCUGGGGCCGCUAUGUACUUGAUGGUAGCUGUUAAAGAUACUGGCAUAGGUAUCAGCAAAGAAGGUCAAGCCAAAUUAUUCGAGCGUUUUAGACAAGCGACACCGAAAACACAAGAAAAAUACGGCGGCUCAGGUCUUGGUCUUUUCAUAUCCCGCAAAUUAUGCACAUUACACGGUGGAGACAUUGGCGUCAGUUCGAAAGAGGGGGAAGGCUCAACUUUUGGUUUCUUCUUCAAAGUACGUCGCGCGACUGGUGGAAAUGAGGAGAGACGACCGUCGGGACAAUCGCGAAGUAACUCGGAAACCUCCAAUCAUUCCUCCCGUCCAGGCGAAUCAGGGUCGCGACCAUCUCGCCCAGGGAUCAGUCGUGCAAAUUCGAAUCUCUCGAGCAUCAAAGAACGGAACAACGAACGCCCUGAAGCAAAAACAAUAGCCAGUCAUCACGGUGUCGACACCGACGAUAUGGAGAACUCACUUAAGGAUCCACCGGUAGAAGAUCGACCAGAAGCACAUCCUGAGUCGAACGAAGACGCGCGCUACAAGGAGACGGAGAAGGCCACAGAAGAUAUCAAGACAAUCAAACCAAACAUGGAAAAAACGCUGCCCGAUUUGAGGAGAGGCGAAACAUCACGGCAAGAAGACGACGCUUUAGAAGUCACGAGAUCUCAGAGCGAUAAACGCUCUGAAUCCACACAUACUCUCCUUCUUGUCGAAGACAAUUUGAUCAAUCAGAAGGUCCUCCGGCGGCAGCUUCAGUCCCGCGGUUUUCAGGUCUUUACAGCAAAUAACGGCCAGGAAGCAAUCGAGGCAGUGUCCGAGCGUGGACAGAUGGCAGACAACGGCCCCGACGAUCGCAACUAUUUCGACUGUAUACUCAUGGACCAAGAAAUGCCUAUAAAAGAUGGUAAUGCUGCAACAAAAGAGAUCAGACAACUACAAGAUGAGGGCAAGGCUGGAUAUAGUCAUAUCCUGGGUGUUUCUGCAAACGUACGAGAAGCACAGACAAGCAGCAUGCGUGAAGCCGGCAUGGACGAUGUCAUCUCCAAACCGUUCAAGGUAGACGACCUUGUCAAGAAAGUGCGCAGCUUAAUCCUAGAUGGUGGUGGCGGCUCAAAGCACGACAACAGACCGAACGGUUCCUCGAAUACGGAGAAGGAUGACAAAAGUGACAAUCAGAAGGAUAAGGGUGGCGGUCUGCACCCACGAGAUGCAGAAAGACUGGAGGACAAGACGCACUCGGACGAAGAACGAGGAAAUCGAGAGCGAGGAGGCGAAAGGUCAAGAUCCCGAGCUACCAUAAGAACAGGGCCAACGCACCAAAAUGAGUCUGCAACGCAUCAACAUGAGUCUAAAACGCACCCAAAUCAUUCAUGA